AUGGAACAACGCCUAAAAGCUACGUCCGAGCUCCUGCAAGAAGUCGAAUUACAUUUGAUGACCCUGGACCGUAGUGUGUGCGAAGAGUCGGCCAGACCCAUCAACAACGACUUGUCUCGUCUUUUUAUGUAGUUUGAAAUUAUAUUUCGAACUGUGAAUGAGUUUCAGGAGAAUAGAGGACAGUUUCCGAAGGUUAGAUGCGGAGAUAGCACGACAACCGGCAGCUCUUCGCGAGGAGGUUCGAUCAGAAAAAGGAGGAUGAAUAAAUUUCCAAAAAUAAAUAGGGCUGCAGAAAGCGUGAACAAUUGCGAAGUGACGCCUCAUUCAUUCAAUCUUCCUACAACACUCUAAAUUCUAGGCUACAAGCUCGCUGGAAAGCGGCCAGUGAUAGGGAAGAGCUCUUAAAUAAAAGGUUUUUUCCAUUUCAAAGAAGAUAAAUAAAAAGAUUUUAGAUUCGAGCCAAACAGCUGUUGCGCCGUCAACGUCGGAGAGGUUGACAUUGAGAGAGAUGUGCAUAGUCGCCUCAAAGCAUCCAAUAAAGGGGUGAAGAAAAUGAGAAAAAAACGUCUAUUCAAUGAAAAAUGAGAAUUCAGGUCGACGAAAUGAUUGUCCAGGGUUACAAUGUGCUGAAAAACAUACAGUCGCAAGGGCUCGAAAUGAAAGAAACGCGGAAAAAGAUGAGAUCUUUGGGCAACAUGGUUAAUCUUCUUUUCUGAUAGGAAAAAUAUAUUAUCUUCAGCUGGGUUUAUCGAGUACAACUAUAAAUAUAAUCGAUCGACGGCUAAAAGACGACUGCACGUUGUUUAUAGCGGGGGUCGUGCUUUGCCUCAUUUUCAUGGCCUCUUUUUACUACUACUGGAGAGGUUGA